UAAUAUCAGAUUCGACUGCACAGAAUGUCUUCUUUAAUAAAAUUGCUCAGUCUUACAAAGAUUUGCUUCUUGUGAAACGCCCCUCGGGACUGUCUGUCCGUAAUUUAAAUACACGUCUGAAGCAAUACAAUAAAUUCACAGACAAAACAGCACACGGAACGAUUCCCAGGCUCAAAUGAUGUUCGUGUCAGGCGUGUUGUCUGCAGCAAAGUGACUCUCAUUCCAGCCACACUAGUCGCAGCAGGUCAGGCAAGGGACGUCAGACUCGCACAUUUACUCGCGGGCUCGUUGUGCGUUAUCAGCGCUGUAUCCAUAGUGACAGUGAACGCUGGGCUUUCUUUGCCAAGCACGCAGAGAAGUGCAGGGAUUACGUGCGAUUCUUUAUUAGCCUAUUUUUUUGCAGGGAAGUUUCAAUAUGGGAGAACGAUCAAGAGAGGCUGCAAGCAUAGACGAAAUGGAGAGACAUACGCCUGUUUACCCCCUACCAAUGGAAAUCCAACAGAUGGAGCGGUCGGAGACGGUGUGCCAGUACUGCGGGGUGAGCUACCUGAUCCUCCACGAGAUCCAGCGGCUGCAGGAGAGGCUGCGGGCCGCCGAGCGGGAGCUGGAGGCCCGGCGGGGCGCCGUGGAGAGGGAGGGGGCCCUCAGGGAGGAGCUGCAGGAGGCCGCCGCUCGCCUGGCUGAGCUCGGGGAGUCACACCUGGAGCAGGCCCAGAGGGCGAAAUGCCUUGACCUGCAGCUGGCGGAGGGACGGGCUCGGCUGGAGAGCGUGAGCGCAGAGAGAGACGUCAUGGAGCGGGAGCUGGGAAAAGCUGGCCGCCGCUGCCAACUGCUCAGGGGGCGGAGUCAGCUGCAGGUGGAUGCCCUGAGAGAGUCUCUGUCACUGCUACACUCCUGUCGUCAGGAAUUGCGUCAGGAAGUCCAGCGAAACCACGCCCACCUGCUCACAUUCUGGGAGGGGUGGAGCGUCCAACUGCUGCAGACGAGCCGGGAUGCAGACGCAGAGCGGGCGGAGCUACAGCGAGCAGUGGGCGGGGCUCAGGCGGAAGUGACUUGUCUGAGGGAGGAGCUGAGAGAGUUGGACGAGCGCCUGGCCUCCUCCGAGAUCCGGGCCCAGAAGCUACAAAACCAGGCUCAGAACCAAGUGGAACUGCAAUCCCGGUUCCAGGAGGUCCAAACACAGCUGCUCGGGCUGAAAGAGAAGGUGAAGUCCUUGCAUGUCAAUCUCCAGGACAGCCAGUCUGCGAAGGAACAUAUGGAAACUCUGCUCUUUGUUGUAAUACGUUUAAUGGAGCAGCCCUUGUCACAAAAACAUUUUUGGAGUGGUUACCAUGCAUCGAAGAAGUCCAAGGAAACAGAGGAGCUUCAUGUCAGGCACAUUCAAUUCGAGGAGCAAAGAGCAAGGCUGUCUGAAGACCUGAGAGAGAGAGAGAAGAGAUUGCUGUCAUGUGAACAGAGGUGCCAGUCGCUGCAGAAACAGCUGCUGGGUGUGGAGCAGCGGGAAGAGGAAAUGACACAGAAGCACAUGCAGGUGGAGAGUGAAAACAGAACUCUGAGGACAUCGCUGCAGCGGGCCCAGGAGGAAAUAAGCACUCUGACAGAACAGAGUGAGAAGGCUGCUCUGGCUCAUCAGCACACAGCCCAGCAGCUGGCUGAGGGACUGAAGCAGAGAGCGCAGGUAGAGGCCCUGCUUCAGAGAGAGCGGGCUCAGGCAGAACUUCGGCUGAAGGAGAAGGAGCAGGAACUGUGGAUGGAGAAAGAGAUGGAGCUCCACAUUGAGAUGGAGAAGAACAGGGAACUACUGCAGCAGUACCAGAGAGAGGCUGAGCAACUUCGAAAGAAGCUGCCCUCCCUGGUGCAGACAGCCACAGAGGAGCUCCGGGCGGAGGUGGCGGCAGCGGAGGAGAAGCUGAGGGAGAUGCAGGAGGGCCAGGCCAAGCAGGAGGAGCGCAGGGAGCAGGAGGCGCUGCGCUUCGGCAGGACGGUGUCGGAGCUGGAGCGGCAGCUGCUGCAGGCCCGGGGAGACGGCCAGCAGGGGGCGCUGCAGCUGGCCGAGCUCAGGCAGGAGCUGGAGCGGACGAGGCAGGAGACCAGUGUUCUUCAGGAAGAGAACGCGCUGCUGCAGGAGACGGUGAGGCGGGAGUGUGAGGAGCGAGGGGAGCUCACGGCCGCCCUGACGCAGGCCCGCGAGGAGCUGCUGGAGAUCAGGCACGCACCUGCCCAUGCCACCCGAGGGCCCCAGCGCCCGGGCCCCACGGGGCCCCGCAGCCCCACAGACGGGCUGACCAAGGAAAGGGAGGCGAGCAGCGGAUCGGGGAGGAGCGGGACGUUCUGGCACGGAAGAGGUGGUGGGAGAAGGGGAUCGCAGGUCACCCUGCCCAGACUGCCCCAGGAGAGGACGGCAUCAGUGAGCCAGGCUAGGGUCUCCCUAGUCAUGGGCUGGAAGGAGAGAUGUUGAGACACAUGCACAUUAAGACCAGUGUACUCAGGAAUACCAUGGUUACGCAGACUCUCCAGGGCCCCAUAACACUCACUCAAAAGCCCAAUUACCCUCUUACAGUCACACGAAUCACACACACACGCACACACACACGCAAGCAGGAAGCAGAGAGCGUGCCUGUGAACCAGCAGCAACCCCCUAGACACGCACCACUAGCUCACUCACUGGCUCACACACACACACACACACCAUCGACACAAAGAGACGCGUGACUGGCCCAAGCAGGCCUUGAGAGAGACGGGGGGGGGGGGGGG